UUCUUCGGUGAGUGUGUGCGUCGUGUAAUCUUAAAACACGAAUUCGGAGUCACUAAAUGAAUUGAAGUUAUUUUAAUAUUUAUUUUCGGCGUUUAGUUUCCUAUUUAUAUCAGUCCGUUUGGAGUGUUGCGCUCGUUUUAAAAUAUAAUUUUUUAAAUUGUCGAUUUUCGUUGGGAUACCUAAUUUAAAACUUGUUUGUGAUUGCACUGAGGAUUAUUAUUAUGAAACUCUUCUAAGGUUUUUACGAUGAGGGGAGACAGUCCAUGCAAAGGCUAAGUAAAACCACAUCGAGAUGUCAUCUGCAGCCGUCGGGACUCACUCAGGGGCAGGUCCUCUCAGUUUAAUGUCCUGCGUACGGGAAUCGUCUCCGUUACAAGACUGCGACUCAGACAGUGAAAAAAAUGUGGCGUCGAAGAGGAGGUUCUGGAACCCCAAGAAGUGGUUCAAGAGGAAGAACAAGGUCACCGAAGAUGUUGCGCCUGUCGAAGUUACCGAAAUCGGGAAGGAUGCUCUGCGUAGCCGGUCUACGAGCGAGCUGUCUGUCGCCGAUGACGUCAGGAGGAGAAGUUCGUCGUCCAUGCACCCGGGACUCAGUGUGUCCCACGACAGCGUCUUCCAUUCACCUAAUUCAGGGUCCGAUAUGGAGCUGGACGCGGCGCAGAGUUCGUCAUCGUUGUCCAUAUCGCAACCGCUGGUCGACUCGAGAUUACAGACCGAGCUAAGUGAGAGGCUGAGACUGAGGCGGGGCCGCGGCGACACCAGUGAGGACGACGAAGGCCUACCACACAGCCCCUGCAACUCACCAACUACCUCAGAUGGACUUCUGCUUGAUAAGACUGCUAUUAAAGAUCUCCCGACAAAAUCACAUAGUACAUGUAGUGAUGGCUCCCUACUUAGUAUGGGGAGUUAUGAAAUGGAUGAGGAUUCUUUUGGGCCGCAUUCAAGACAUUCCUCUAAGUUAUCGUUGCAUGAAAAAAAGCCUAAUCCAGAUUCAGACCUUGAAUUUGGACCGAGUUCCAUCAUAGAACCAUUAAACCACAGCGCGGCGCACCACAGGGUUUCGGUGAGGCCGAAGAGGACCUAUGGGGCUCCUCGCAGAAAAAGAGGGCAACAGCUUUCCUCUGCACUGCCGGUAACUCCGGAAGUUAAUGAAGAGUCUUCCAUCAGAAGUAUUUCGCCUGAAAGUAACAGAAAAGAGACGAUAACCGAGCUUUACAGCAUGACUACCACUAGAACCCUUACAGACACCCAACUAAAAUGUUCCUCUUUACCGCCCGGCCUAACAGCACCAGGUGCUGAAAUCAAACUGAACAGGAGCAAAUCCAACGCCGGUAGCAAGUCGCAGGACCACUUCUCCCCCUUGCACGAGGACGCCGAAAAGGAGGAGAAGCCCUCCCUCUUCGAAAGGAUAUUCCCCAGGAAGAGCGGCAGGAAGAAAAAAUCGAAGGACGAGAAGGACGGCGCCUCCAAACACGACGUGAAAGUCACCAGGGAGGAAACCGUUCACAAGCACGAAGAAGUGAAUAAAAACGGGGAGUACAGCAGGGAAGAGAGGCUCGUGAACGUGAGCAGUUCGAUUUGUCACACGGAAAACUACAAAGUGACGAGUGUCGUGGGUAAGGAAGCUUCGAAGCCCAUACCUGCGCCUAGGUCCGGCGCCGCCUCUCGUCAGAGGGUGAUACCGAUCGAUAUACCGGCUUCUCCAGACGAUGCUAGAAGGGAAUUUGAUGUUAUCCUGCCGAAACCGUCUCCUGAGAAGUCUAUAGACAGCACUUCGCCGCUGCAACAGGAACUAGAAAAUCGUUUCAAACAGAGACAGAUCUCGCUAUCCACUAGUCCGAAACCGUCAGAAACGCCGCCGCAGUCCCCAAGAUCACAACCCAGCCCCACCGCCUUGCCAUCUGUGAUAUCUUCCACGUCCGAAUUCAGCCAUUACACCAAGACAUCUUCCACUACCGUUUCCAAGCACCAGGAAUCGCGAACGAGAAGCGAAGAAAUAAGAAACAAGAUGAAAAUACCCGGAUUGUCUUCGUUGCAGCAACGCGUACUGUCCUUGAAUGACGACGAGACCAACAACGGUUUCCUGUCGUUGACGGAUUUUACGAGCGAUCGUGUCAAACCGUCAAAACCAAUUACCAAAUCGCAUAGCUUUAAAUCCACCAAACAAACAGAAGAAAAAGAUUCUUACGUCAGAUCCCCGACUGGCGAAUUUAAAACUAGGGAAACGAAGGAGGACAACAGAGUAUCCUUCACCAAGGCCGCCUCUUUGGAUAGCAUAAAAAAUUUGGAGGAGCAGAGCCACUACACGGAGUUUAAACUUGCGUUGAAACCACCCGCUGCGCCGGAAGUAAAGUGUUCAAACGACAAGUCCGACGUUAAGACUGACAAAGACAUCUCCGAGAACAAAAGUGAUACCUCGAGUGAUCUGGAUGUUUUCAGAGACUCCAUAACGAUUUCCGGGCCGAGCCACACGGCUGUCGUCAACGUAACUAGUCAUUCCGAAGAUUUCGUUAGUAACGCUUCGAAAAUGAUUUCAAACUCCAGCGAGAGUUCCGUCGUAGAAAAGGAUGGGUCCAAGACGAUCUCCGUGAAAGAAAAUCAGGUCUCCGUCACCAAAAUUCAGUUGAAGCGAGAAACGACGCAAGUUACCCAGAGCACGAUAACAUUGCCCAAGUCUUCCGUACCGGAAUUCUUAAACAAACAACUGAACAAAGUCGAGGCCAGGCCUAGCAGUAACAUAAUAUUUUCCAUGAAGUCGCCGAGAAUUACCGAGGAACAGAACAGACCAAAGACUUUAUUCAACUUCGAGGCGCAGCCGGAAGUGAUCACUAAACCCCCGACGUCGAGGAAGUUCAGCAAAGAGGACUUGGAGAUAAUCGAGAAAGACAGUACCGAGGAAAUCUCAGGAGAGUCACCGAAAAGUCCGUCAGCCGUGACCGUAACCUCUUCAGCUCCACAGAGUAAUAGAUUCAAAAAGAACGAGGUUAAGAGCAAUAGUAGAAAAUCUUCCGUCGUUUCUAUCACACCCGAAUCCCCAGUUAAAGAAAAGCCACCACUCUUUAAAAAUAAAUCGGCCAGUCUGGAUUCUCUAAAGAACGAGUCCGACCGAUCCUCACAAGACAGUCUGGAUAAACUUGAAGAAAAGCCAAAAGAAAAAACCAGUCCUACUACUGAAAACGUCGUCUUACGAAGAAAAUCUGUCGCCAACAAGAAAAACGACGAAGAACCGGAACUGAUGAAAGUGUUCGCCAGGCGUUCUUUGAAACUGAAAGACAGCGAUGUUGAUUCUAUACAAGAAACUUUGGCCGAUAAUAAAUUGAGAGAUAGCGAUAAGGAGAACCAAGUGGACUCUCCCGUCGACGAUCGUAAAAAGUGGUACAAUAAACCGAAAGAAUUAUCAAUCGAAACCGAUUUCUCCCAAAGAAGGAAGUCCCUAGGAAAGCAGGAAAACGUAGACAGUCCGAAGUCUCCUGUGAAAGAGCCCCUAACAGAAACAAGAAUUCCAGAUUCUACCAAAAAUGCGAAAGAGGCACAAAUAGAAUCGCCUGUUGCGUUAAGAAGGAACAUCAACAACAACAUUUUCGUUAGCCAGAGGGCGGUGAGUCUGAACCCCCCUAAGCCUUCCGAGUCAUUGGUGAAGAAACAACCUAGUUUCUCUGAGAGGCGAUUAACUGAACAGUGGAUGAGCAAAAUCAAAAAUUUGGAGCCUGAAUUGAAGGAGAAGGGACAGGAGGAGAUUAUUAGUAGCAAUUUUAUAACGGAAUCUAAGAAUUUUAAUCAGAGGAAGGCGGAGUGGGAGAAAAGAGCACAACAGGCACAGAAAAAAACAACCCCUUAAAUACAUCGAGAACAAAAAAUGUCUUCAUUUUCUACGAAGUAGUAGACAGUAACAGUUUAAGUUUGUAAAUAUACAUGUUAAUAAAUAAAAACUAAUACUAACAUUUUACAUCACGAUGUAUUUUAAGCAUUUUCUUAUCCUGUUGGUGCCAUGUGAUGAUGCCGGCAUUAAUAAAAAGUGUACUUUGUAUUAUAUAUUUUAAAAAUGUAGAUAGUAAGUGCCUUUUAAACAUUUUUUUUAUUGUAACGAUCAAGUAUGUGAUGUCUUUUGAUUGUUGACCAAUGAAAGAAGCCUUGAGAGUAGCGGUGCUUGAGAGAAGUUAUAAGUAUAGAAUUUAUGGAUAUGAAAUAUGUAUGUUAAACAAUAUGGGAAAUGUAUCAUAGUUAUAAAUGUUGUUCAUAUGAAUAAAUCUUUAUAAUUUUU